AUGCUUGACACCCUUGACCCAAAAUGGGACCCAAGGCAGCCGCAACCGGAAGACUACGAAGGAAGGAUGAACCCCCAAACCCUAGACACGCAACAAGGGGAAGGAAUAUCAAUAGAAAUAGACCAACGACUCACAACGAAGGGCACAGUGGGUGACACAUUUCGCAUCUUCACAGAAGACAUAACCAACAACAGUGCAUCAGCACCCAACCGAGAACACUGGGGAAACCCAGACGAUAUUGACGAGAUAGUCGUAUAUACAGACGGGUCGGCGACAGGCAAUGGGAGCGCAACUGCAGAGGCAGGAUCUGGGAUAUGGUUUGGAGUGGACAAUAUCCGCAAUAGAUCAAUAAAAGUUCCAAAAGAACUGAGACCCUCAAACCAAGUGGCCGAACUCCUCGCAGUAAAGGAGGCAGUAGAGAUAUGUCCACCAGCGGCCCCUCUGCACAUCAAAACAGACUCAAUGUACACGAUCAAUGCCCUGACAAAAAGCAUGCAGAAAGCAGAAGACACGGGGUUCCACCUCAUGGACAACGGAGACGUAGUCAGACUUACAAUCACCAAAGUGCGCAACCGAAGAGCGAGAACAAGACUGACGUGGGUGAAGGGACACGCAGGGAUAGAAGGUAACGAAGAGGCAGACAAGCUGGCAGAUAUAGGGCGGACAAAACAAGACCCAGACAUCAUCGACUCCCAGGUCGACCCAGCACUCAGACUCCCUGGUGCAAAACUCAAGGCUAUGACCCAGUCGAUAGCAUACAAGAUCAUCCGAAAGAAGAAGAUGAUGGCCGAAAGAUAUGAAGACGCAUUAGAAAGAAGAGCAACAAGGAAAAACAUCGAACGGGCUGUUGAAGCGACAAGAGAUAACGAGACAGGCCACACAGCAACAGAAGGCAAGAUCUGGAAGUCCACCAGACAUACCGACUUCUCGCGAAGCGUCCGCUACUUCUUGUGGAUGCUUAUCCACGAUGGCUACAAGGUCGGCAACCACUGGACCAAAAUCCCGGGCCACGAAGAGAAAGCCUCAUGCGCCCACUGUGGAGACCAUAUAACCGAAAACAUGGAGCAUAUCUUGUUCGAGUGCGAGGCACAAGGCCAGAAAACCGUAUGGGAGCUAGCCAACGAGUUAUGGAUGAUGAAAACAAGCACACCACUCAACGUGUCAAUUGCUGACCUAAUGGCAUGCGGCACCGUGUCAAAAGGCAACGAAGGAACGUCCCGCCUCUUCCGAAUCCUUGUAUCAGAGUCGGCACAUCUCAUAUGGAGAAUCCGAUGUGAAAGAGUCAUACAAGAGAAAGACGAGGCAACGAUCCCCGAGAUACGGAACAGAUGGAUAAACAAGAUGAACACAAGACUAUUACUAGACUGCAAACUGUCCAAUGAAGCAAAAUACGGUACGAAACACAUAAAGGCUUCACUGGUCCGGAAAACUUGCACCUCAGUUACCACCGCCAUCACGCGGUUCUCCCCCCGCGGGGUACCUACUGGGUACCCUCAGACGUCUUGCUGA